AUGGAAUAUGCCCCGCUGAGCAGAGGGCCCCUGAGCUGCCGCCUGCAGCAGUGCCAGGAGUCCCUGCCCGUCGUUGGUGCCAGCGCUCCGGGCUGCGCACCGCGGCCGGCGGCGCUUUCUGCGUGCCUCACUGGCAGCGCCGUGACGGUCCCAGAAACGCUGCUCUUUGUAUCCACUCUCGAUGGAAACUUCCAUGCUGUGAGCAAGAGCACAGGUGACAUCAAGUGGACCCUGAAGGACGAUCCUAUUCUGCAGGUGCCCGUUUACGUGGCAGAACCAGCGUUUCUGCCGGACCCCAAUGACGGCAGCCUGUAUAUCCUGGGAGGAAAGAACAAGGAAGGCCUGAUGAAGCUGCCGUUCACCAUCCCGGAGCUGGUCCAGUCCUCGCCGUGCCGCAGCUCGGACGGGGUCCUCUACACGGGAAAGAAGCUGGACACCUGGUUCAUCGUGGACCCCAAGUCCGGAGAAAAGCAGACCACUCUGUCCACAGAGGCCUGGGACGGCCUGUGCCCUUCGAGCCCCCUGCUCUACAUCGGCCGUACCCAGCCACAGCUCGACAUGGGGACAGAGUGGGACAGUGCCCCACAGGCUGCUGUACCCCCCGCCUUGUGUCUCUGGCUAGAAAUGGCCCACUUUGCCUCAAGCGGAGACGGCCUGGUGGUGACGCUGGACAAGGAAAGCGGGGAGGUGCUGUGGGCGCAGAACUACGGCUCUCCCGUCGUGGGCAUCUACGUGUGGCACCAGGACAGCCUCCAGCGCGUCCCCCACCUCAACGUGGCCAUGGAGACGCUGCGCUACCUGACCUUCCACUCCCAGGACAUCCGCCUCGUCAGGUGGAACCACCAGUCGAUGAAGGACUUCAGCAGCAGCAAGACCCAGCUGCUGCCGACGCUCUACGUGGGGAAGCACGCGACCACCUUCUAUGCCGUGACCUCCCUGGUGCCCGGCAGCGUGGCGCUGGUGGGGAGUCCGCGGGGGGUCACGCUGGCCAGGAUCGACGGCCCCACCACGGAGGACGUGACCGUGAGCGAGUCCGGCGAGUGCGAGAUCACGCCCAGCACGGCCGUCAAGUACCCGCAGGGCAGCGUCGCGGCGCUGCGCAACCAGUGGCUCCUCAUAGGGCACCACGAGCUGCCUCCUGUGGUCCAUACCACGAUGCUAAGAGCCUUUCCAGAGAACCUGAGGAAGACAACGGAAACCAUCAUUCCCAAGAGCUCUUCCGCCAGGGCUGUGUUUGAUGACUAUCUGAGCGUGGGCAGCGCGGAAGGGCCGGCCGUGCGCAGCAGCGACGGGGAGCUCCAGCCAGAUGCCACCGAGGUCUAUCCCGAGGCCAGCAGCUGGGACAUGGUGAUGGCAGCAGUCAGCACUGCCCUGCUGGGCGGGGGCGUCCUCUUCCUGCUCCUGAUGAAACUGCAAAAGCAGCACGAGGUGCAGCAGCAGCAGCUGGAGAAGCAGAUCCAGCUCCUGCAGCAGCAACAGGAGAUGCUGUUCCCGGGCCGGGUCUCUGCGGAGGGUGUCCCUGCAGAGCCGGGGGAGCUGGGGGUGACCCAGCGAAGGGCCCACUCGGAGGACCUGGCGAACGGGGUGGCCGGCCAGGAUCCAGCUGUCCUGGGCGCUGCAGAAGAUGCAAGACCAGACAUGAUUACGAUUGGGAAAAUUUCUUUUAACCCCAAGGAUGUACUGGGCCAUGGAGCUGGAGGAACCUUCGUCUUCAGGGGACAGUUUGACGGCCGGAACGUGGCUGUGAAGCGGCUGCUGCCCGAGUGUUUCCAUCUCGUGGACCGUGAGGUCCAGCUGCUCCGGGAGUCGGACGAGCAUCCCCAUGUCGUGCGGUAUUUCUGCACCGAGAAGGACAAGCAGUUCCACUAUAUCGCCAUUGAGCUCUGCUCUGCCACGCUGCAGGAGUACGUGGAGAGCCCCAGCUUCGACCGCCGGAGCCUGGACCCGGUGUCUGUCCUGCGUCAGACCAUGUCAGGCCUGGCACACCUGCACUCUCUGAACAUCGUUCAUCGCGACCUGAAGCCCUGCAAUAUCCUCAUCUCCGUCCCCAAUAGUCACGGGCAGAUCCGAGCCGUCAUCUCCGACUUCGGCCUGUGCAAGAAGCUUCAUGGGGGACGACACAGCUUCAGCCUCCGCUCCGGGAUCCCGGGCACCGAGGGCUGGAUCGCGCCCGAGCUGCUGCAGGAGGCCCCGAAGGAGAAUCCCACCUGUGCUGUGGACAUCUUCUCGGCUGGCUGCAUCUUCUACUACGUGGUGUCAGGAGGAAAACACCCGUUCGGGGACAGCCUGCGGCGACAGGCCAACAUCCUGGCAGGCACCUUCCAACUGACCUGUCUGCAGGAAGAGGCUCAUGACAAGGUUGUUGCGAGGGAGCUGAUUGCAGCCAUGAUCAGCAGCGAGCCCCAGACGCGGCCGUCGGCGCCCGUGGUCCUCCUGCACCCCUUUUUCUGGAGCCAAGAGAAGCAGCUGCAGUUCUUCCAGCCCCUCUUCCGCCCCUCCUACUGCCACGAGCCGGGCGGCCCCGCGGCGUGA